AUGUCGACGAUUACAUCUAAACAAGUGGAGACUAAACCACGAAUCACCCUACCCAACGAAGUAAUACUGCAAAUACUGGACAGCACUAUACUCGGAGAAGACCUUGUGAACACUGUGCGGGCACUGGCUGGACACAUGGACAUGGAGGGCAAGUUGGGUUUGAUUGCGUAUAGACAGGAUCCUGGCAGAAUUUUUGCGGGACUGGGUGUGGACACCGAUGAGAUGUUAUAUGCUAUGCGGAAAUAA